UCCAAAUAUUUUUUCCUCAGCGCAGAGAUACACCUUUAGUAGUUCGCGCAACCCACCACCAAACUCCACCACCACCGAACUCCCCACCACCACACUCACACCUCACAAUGUCCACCCUCUUCAAAACCGUAACAACGUCCGCCGACGACAAGCCGGAAAAGCCCGCCUCGACCAAAUCGCGGGUGCUGAUCCUGUCCUCCCGCGGCGUGACGUACCGGCACCGGCACCUUCUCAACGACCUGGUCGCGAUGCUGCCGCACUCGCGCAAGGACGCAAAGCUGGACACCAAGUCGCAGCUGCACUACCUCAACGAGGUGGCCGAGCUCUACAACUGCAACGGCGUCAUGUUCUUUGAGGCCCGCAAGCGCCAGGACCUCUACAUGUGGCUCGCCAGGAAUCCGAACGGGCCGUGUGUUAAGUUUCAUAUCCAGAACUUGCACACGAUGAGCGAGCUCAACUUCACGGGUAACGCACUGCGGGGCUCGCGCGCAAUCGUCAGCUUCUCGAAAGACUUUGAUAUGACGCCGUCCGCCGCGCUGAUGAAGGAGAUGCUGUGCCACACGUUUUCGGUGCCGAAGGGCACGCGCAAGUCGAAGCCGUUCAUUGACCGCGUGGUAUCCUUCACGCUGGCCGACGGGAAAGUGUGGGUGCGCCACUACCAGAUCAAUCCCACUGCCUCCACUAGCACCAGCGAGAACGAGGUCGAUGCGAAGAAGAAGAAGCAGGAGGAGGAUGAUGUCGAGCUUAUCGAGAUCGGACCCAGGUUCGUUAUGACGCCCAUUGUGAUCCUGGAGGGAAGUUUCGGUGGGCCGGUGGUGUUCGAGAAUAAGGAGUUCGUCAGCCCGAAUGCCGUCAGGGCGGCGAUCCGCCAGAAGAGUGCGGCGAGGGCGGGCGGCAGGGAUAUGGCGAGGACGAAGCGCGUGGUCAAGAAGCGUGAGGUCGAGCGCGAGCAGAAGAUCGCGAAGAUGACGGAGGAGGAUGUGGAUGAUUCGGUGCUGUUUGCGUAAUGUGGGAGACAACGGGGGAGAGAGGGAAAAGUGCUUUUGCUGCUCAGUUUGGACUUUGGGAUCGCUUCGGAUUGGAUGGGAUGG